AUGAUACCCUCGUCCUCGGCGCCGCAGAUAAAGGCGCCGGUCAGCAAGCAGAGCUGGGACUAUGUCAUGCGCAGCGGCUUGGCCGGCGGUAUAGCUGGAUGCGCCGCAAAGACAGUGGUAGGCCCGCUAGACCGCGUCAAGAUCCUCUUCCAAGCAUCGAGUCCCCAAUAUGCAAAAUACACGGGUUCAUGGUUUGGCUUCUUCCGAGCCAUGCGUGACAUCCAAGCGAACGAGGGCACGCGAGGCCUCUUCCGUGGCCACUCAGCAACCUUGCUCCGCAUCUUCCCCUACGCCGGUAUCAAAUUUCUCGCCUACGAGCAGAUCCGCGCCAAAAUCAUCCCCAACAAAGAUAAAGAGACGCCCCUCCGCCGUCUACUCAGCGGCAGCUUGGCUGGUACCAUCUCCGUCUGCUUCACCUACCCACUAGAAGUCAUUCGCGUGCGAUUGGCCUUUGAGACCAAAACACAACACAAAACUAGCCUGAGAGAAAUCUGCAAGACCAUCUACCACGAGCAGCCUCCGCCCGUACGCUCAGGUCCGCAGCAGGUCGACACUUCCUCGCUCACCCGCGCCGCAACCUCGUCCAUCUCGGCAACUUCUGCUGCCCUCAACAAAGCGACGCCUGCCUCGGGCAUGGUCAACUUCUUCAGAGGCUUCACACCCACACUCUGGGGUAUGCUCCCAUACGCCGGCUGCUCAUUCCUUACCCACGACACAGCCGGCGACUUUAUGCGAAAACCAAGCUUAGCAAAAUACACUACACUCCCCCAAUCCGACUCUUCCAUCAGGCGCGACCCCAACAAGCCCGUGCCGCUCACAUGGUGGGCUGAACUAGGCACUGGCGGCUUUGCUGGUUUCGUCUCGCAGACCGUGUCUUACCCGCUAGAGGUCGUGCGAAGACGCAUGCAGGUUGGCGGUGUUGUUGGUGACGGCCAUCGUCUAGGCAUGAUGGAGGUUGCCGGACGCAUCUACCGCGACACUGGCUUCAAAGGCUUCUUCGUCGGCCUAGGCGUCGGCUACAUCAAAAUCAUACCCAUGGUCGCCACAAGUUUCUUUGCAUACGAGAGAGCCAAGCUCGCACUUGGUAUCUGA